GUGGGUUCUCCCAAUUAGUCCUAUACUACUCCAAUUAGUGCUGAGUGUAGGCGUGGCGUUGCACUGGGAUCUUGUCACAACGCGAACGCUAGUUUAGGUGGAUGAUUUCAGCUGAAGCGGGAAGGGAAUUUGGGCAGAUAUUAAUUUAUUGAGAUAUUUUAGAGGUUUUAGACAUGGAUAUACAGAAACAGCGCCAUGGAUUUCAGACGUCGGCUCUGAAGCUGUCGAACGGUUACGUCUUACCGGAGGGCAAACUGACCCCUAACACGCUGUUCGUUGGGGGCAUUGACAUGAAGGUAGAGGAAAACGAGAUCCGAGAUUUCUUCGCUAGAUACGGCGCGGUGAAGGAGGUUAAAAUAAUCACCUACCGUGGUGGUAUCUGCAAAGGGUAUGGUUUUGUUUACUUCAGCGAGGAUGUUGACAUUCAGACUAUCGUAGAACAACAGAUCACUUUCAAAGGGAAGAAACUCAAACUGGGCCCUGCCAUCAUGAAGGAGCGGAGUUCUCGUUCUCUCCAGUCCCCUCUGGUUGGUCCAUCUCAGUGGGUAAGCCCCUCCCCCUACAUGUACUGUACCUGUUGCCCUCCUGGCCUGGCCCCACCCUCACCUGUGCUCAGUGGAGGUAGUCAGUAUCUACAGCCAUAUUCUUACACUGGCUUUCCAGGGGUAAUGAUCCCUCAGGUGCCUAUGAACUACACACAGUCAUCUUAUGCGUAUCCGUAUCCCCUACCACCACAGUGGUGUGGUGACCAGAGGACAAGGCUGAUCAAUCAGAGCUAUGUAGAUUGUGGGGUCCAGACCUUGCUGACUCUCCUAUAGUCCUUUGCUGUUUCAGGUGUGGAUUGUUUUUCUGGGUCAAGUCCUGCCGAAGCAGAAAAUGACAUCAUCUUGGAAAUGGCAGAAAUUUCUGAGAGAACAUUCUCAUGAUUCUACCUUUGGUAUGCUUUCAGUGUG